AUGUGCUCGAGGCUUGCCAUGUCGCUGAAGGUGAAGAACACGUUCCUCGUUGUGGACGAACAGUCCAUCCAAGACGAGGACGAGGAUUCGAACUCCGAAACGAUCUGGCGCCGAAGGGCGACGGCGCCGGCCGCCACAGGGCUUCGCAUGACGCAGUCCUUACCGAACUCGCCUCGCCUGGGCGCCAGCGCGAAGGCCGACAUCUCUGAUGCCACCUCUGUGGGCGACACCGAGGGGACCGAGAGCAAGGCGGCGGGAUAUGAUACCCCAGAGGAGUUCCUCGACGAGUGCCAGUCGGAAUUCGGCCAGUGCUGGUCGGCCUCGGCUGAAGACGCGAUGAACUACAGCGUGGCAGACCCGUGCGUUUGGCAGGGCUGGAUGAUCUCAAACAUGGUGCCGUUCGACAUGCAUGGCCUUGGCGAUGGUCUGUGUACCCCGGCGUGCGCCCCACAUGAGGCGGAGGAGCCUGGGGUCUGGGGAAGCGAGGUGACGCUGAUGAUGCGGAACGUUCCGAAGAAGCUGACGCAGCAUGCGCUCCUGGAGGAGAUCAACUCGAGAGGCUUCGCGGGCACCUAUGAUUUUGUGUACCUCCCGAUGGACCAGGACUCGAAUAUCAAUCGAGGUUACUCCUUCAUCAACUUCGUGGACCCUGCAUAUGCCGCGGCAUUCAAGGCCCUCUACGAGGGCCGCCAGCUCAGCCAGUACAGCUCCCGGAAGGUCAUUGCCAUCCUCCCGGCGGUGCUGCAGGGCUUCGAGGCCAACCGGGCGCACUUCUCCACUGCGCGCGUGUCCCGGGAGGAUCCGGGCGCGCGUCCCCUGUUCCUCCGGGAGCCGCCGACGCCUGCGAAGCAGUCGGAGGUGCCCGAGAAGUGCCGAGCGCCCCGCGCCGAGGGCACUGCCUCGAAGUCGGCGGCGUCCUCCCUGGAGGCGCGGCCGCGGCACGAGCCCGGGGCGCCCGCGGGCAGGUCCUGCGCGGCGUCGGCCUCGGUCGGCGAGGCCCGAGGCGCGGCCAGGCGAGACGAGUCCAGGGUCAAGUUCUGCCCGUACUGCGCGGGCCGGGUGGGGGAGGGCUUCAAGUUCUGCCAGUACUGUGGCGAGUCCCUGAGCCUGCAGGGGCUCUGA